UUUCUUUUGCCGAAAUUCCAUGACCCGGAAGUUAAUUUUUUAUGUUGCUGACGAAACGCUGGUGGAGAUGCGGAAGUAGACGGUUGUAACAAUUAGCCACCUUGCUAGCUAAUUAUUUACUUAACUGAAGAUUUACUUGAUAAAGACAACGAUAAAUAGGUCCUGAAUUGAAUGAUAUAUCCUUUGAUACUUAUUUGUUGGUGAAACCUACAUAUUUCCUCGCUCAACCAGGAGGGAAUUUGAAAACAAUCGAACGAGGAAGGUCCUGAUGGCAGACCACACUGAUGUCAGCCUGCCCCCUGAGGACCGUGUCCGUGCCCUGACCAAGAAGGGCAGCUCUGUGGACGUGAACGAGGACGUUCCUCCCCGGAGGUACUUCAGGUCAGGCGUGGAGAUGAUCCGUAUGGCCAACACCUACACCGAGGAGGGCAACGCAGAGCACGCCUUCGUACUCUACAACAAGUACAUCACGCUCUUCAUUGAGAAGCUUCCUAAACAUAGAGAUUACAAAACAGCCAACAUUCCAGAGAAGAAGGACACCUUGAAGAGGCUGAAGGAGGUGGCCUUCCCUCAAGCAGAGGUGCUGAAGAAGGCUCUUCUCAAGAUAUAUGAGCAGGAGCAUGCACAGUAUCUCAUCAAAAAGAAAGCGGAGGAGGUAACCUUGGCGCAGCAGCAGUCGAAGCAGCAGGCGCUAGAAGCAGAGCGGGAGCGUGUGGUGGAACUGCAGCGGCGCCAACGGGAACAAGAGCAGUUCAGCGCCUUCGAGGAGAUGAUCAGACGGCAGGAGCUGGAGAAGGAGAGGCAGCGUAUCCUUCAGGAGUUUCAUGCUCCUGGGACCCCUCCCCCCGAUGCACCCCUCCUCCCAGGGAUCCAGGGCCCCCCUCUGCCCCUGGCCGUGUCCCCCACCCCCCCUCAGAGCCCGGGGGACAGCACCGGCCAGGUCAGACCGCUCCCCACCUUCGACCGGACGCUCAAACCUGUGAGCCCUAGUGGGAACAGCAACACCAUGGAUGGGAUGGUGGAUGGCAUCCGGCAGCUGGCAGUGCCCUCAGAGCUCUGCAGCAGCUUCCUCAGGCUAGCUGAGUCCAACACCAGCCGAGCUGUGGAGACCUGUGGCAUCCUCUGUGGCAAACUGCUGAGGAAUGCGUUCACAGUGACCCAUGUGAUCGUGCCGAAGCAGAACGGAGGGCCAGACUACUGCGACACGGAGAACGAAGAGGAGCUGUUCCUGAUCCAGGACCAGUAUGACCUCAUCACCCUGGGCUGGAUACAUACCCACCCCACCCAGACAGCCUUCCUGUCCAGUGUCGAUCUCCACACACACUGUUCCUACCAGCUCAUGAUGCCGGAGGCUAUCGCUAUUGUCUGCUCACCCAGGUUCAAUGAGACGGGCUACUUCAGGAUAACAGACUGUGUGUUUAUAGGACGGGCUACUUCAGGAUAACAGACUGUGUGUUUAUAGGACGGGCUACUUCAGGAUAACAGACUGUGUGUGUUUAUAGGACGGGCUACUUCAGGAUAACAGACUGUGUGUGUUUAUAGGACGGGCUACUUCAGGAUAACAGACUGUGUGUGUUUAUAGGACGGGCUACUUCAGGAUAACAGACUGUGUGUUUAUAGGACGGGCUACUUCUGACUAACAGACUGUGUGUGUUUAUAGGACGGGCUACUUCUGACUAACAGACUGUGUGUGUUUAUAGGAUGGGCUAUUUCUGACUAACAGACUGUGUUUAUAGGAUGGGCUACUUCUGACUAACAUACUGUGUUUAUAGGACGGGCUACUUCUAACUAACAGACUGUGUGUGUUUUAUAGGACGGGCUACUUCAGACUAACAGACUGUGUGUGUUUAUAGGACGGGCUACUUCUGACUAACAGACUGUGUGUGUUUAUAGGACGGGCUACUUCUGACUAACAGACUGUGUGUUUAUAGGAUGGGCUACUUCAGGAUAACAGACUGUGUGUUUAUAGGACGGGCUACUUCAGGAUAACAGACUGUGUGUGUUUAUAGGACGGGCUACUUCAGGAUAACAGACUGUGUGUGUUUAUAGGACGGGCUACUUCAGGAUAACAGACUGUGUGUUUAUAGGACGGGCUACUUCUGACUAACAGACUGUGUGUGUUUAUAGGACGGGCUACUUCUGACUAACAGACUGUGUGUGUUUAUAGGAUGGGCUAUUUCUGACUAACAGACUGUGUUUAUAGGAUGGGCUACUUCUGACUAACAUACUGUGUUUAUAGGACGGGCUACUUCUAACUAACAGACUGUGUGUGUUUUAUAGGACGGGCUACUUCAGACUAACAGACUGUGUGUGUUUAUAGGACGGGCUACUUCUGACUAACAGACUGUGUGUGUUUAUAGGACGGGCUACUUCUGACUAACAGACUGUGUGUUUAUAGGAUGGGCUACUUCUGACUAACAGACUGUGUGUUUAUAGGAUGGGCUACUUCUGACUAACAGACUGUGUGUUUAUAGGAUGGGCUACUUCUGACUAACAGACUGUGUGUUUAUAGGACGGGCUACUUCUGACUAACAGACUGUGUGUUUUAUAGGACGGGCUACUUCAGACUAACAGACUGUGUGUGUUUAUAGGACGGGCUACUUCUGACUAACAGACUGUGUGUGUUUAUAGGAUGUGCUACUUCUGACUAACAGACUGUGUUUAUAGGAUGGGCUUCUUCUGACUAACAGACUGUGUGUGUUUAUAGGAUGGGCUACUUCUGACUAACAGACUGUGUGUUUAUAGGACUGGCUACUUCUGACUAACAGACUGUGUGUUUAUAGGACGGGCUACUUCUGACUAACAGACUGUGUGUUUAUAGGACGGGCUACUUCAGGAUAACAGACUGUGUGUUUAUAGGACGGGCUACUUCAGACUAACAGACUGUGUGUUUAUAGGACGGGCUACUUCAGGAUAACAGACUGUGUGUUUAUAGGACAGGCUACUUCAGGAUAACAGACUGUGUGUGUUUAUAGGACGGGCUACUUCAGGAUAACAGACUGUGUGUGUUUAUAGGACGGGCUACUUCAGGAUAACAGACUGUGUGUGUUUAUAGGACGGGCUACUUCUGACUAACAGACUGUGUGUUUAUAGGACGGGCUACUUCUGACUAACAGACUGUGUGUGUUUAUAGGACGGGCUACUUCAGACUAACAGACUGUGUGUGU